AAGGUGAACAAAGGAGAUAAAAUUUAAAAUCAUUUUGUUUUGAAUAAUAUGAUGUUAUGUUUGAUUGCAUGUCUUAAAACAGAACGACGUCAUACUGCGAACGUUUUAUACUUUCAUAACGAUGAUUUGGCGGUAUUUUAUGUGUUUACAUACCUUGAGAGGUUAUGAUAACAGUUUUUAAUUUACUUUAGUUUGUACCCCUAUCACCCGUUCAGUAACGUAUAAGUCAAAUCAGUUGCCUCAGUAUUUAGUUCAUUAAACAUAUUUUAUUUAUUUCAUCCUGAAUCAAUUAAUGUUUACCCCUUUAUCGUCAGAGUAAUAAGAACUGCAUGCUGAAGCAACAUUUAAUAUUUUGACUAUAUCCUAAGAUCUUUAAAAUAUGUAUCGUUGAACUUAAGUAGAACAUUUCGCUAAAUAGGCUAUAUUGUUAAUAAAUAUUCAAAAUUUUCACAGAAUUGAAUAUUGCGAUCUAAGUAUUUUAAACAUUCUACGAUCAUAAAAUAGAAAAAGUGGAAACUCCACAGGUCGCUCAACACAACAAAAACGAAAAUGUUGCAGGCUCGGUUUGAUUGAGCCUGUUCAUGGACGGUAGUGGAAAUGCAUGCUACCGUCCACGCCCUCUAAAUUGAAUAUUGCGACCUAAGUAUUUUAAACAUUCUACGAUCAUAAACCUUUUAUAAAAAGUUAUAAAAAUAGAUAAUUUGUUGAGAUUAUAAACAUGCGUAUGUCAUUAUCAGGAAAGAGACUCGUUAUGAGUAUAAAACAUUUAAUAUGUAUGUUUAAAUAAAUACAGACAGUUUAAUGACAGAAUCUUGGUUUUGAUUUGGAGCAAAUCACUGUUAGAUAAAUCUAUAUUAUUUCGAUUCUAACACAUUAUCGAGGUUUCCUUGAUGACAUUCAUCAAAUAUUUGCCUGUUCGCCUUAAUAGCCGGCAUAGCUCUAGUACAGUGAAUGCAGAGAUGUCAAGGGUCAAGUCUGUGGAGGAGGAAUAUGGAAAGCCGUUAACGCCUGAAAGACUUGACGAAAUGAUUCAACGUGUCACUGGAUGGGCUUUGUUAUAUGGUGUUCAGAGGAAGAUAACCGCCACUGAAUUUCCUGAAAGAAUCGAAUCCAUGCCGAUUACCUUGUUUCCCAGUAUAUUACCUGCCGAUGUUCUAAGGAAAGCAAAAUCUUCAAAACACUGAUCUACAAAGUAGGAAAUGACCAUGAAUUCAUGAAGGAAUGUUUCCGUGGGUUACUUAGUGCUGAUGCUUUCAUUAAACAGCUAUGGGACAUUUAUGAUACAGUAAGAAAAGAAGGUCCGGCUCAGGAAGUAUCUGUUGUAAUCACACGAAAUGAUUUUAUGAUGGAGUAUACCGAAGAGGGUGACAUCAAACAAGACUGUAAGCAUGUUGAAAUCAACACUAUUGCUGCUGGGGGAGGCGGAAGAGUCAGCAAUAUGGUAGACGUUCACAGGUAUAGUUUAUCGUUACAGGACAUUCCAUUUGAAAAAGAACAGUUACCAGACAAUAAGCCUGUCGCUGGACUGGCACAAGGCCUGGUGAAAGCAUGGCAGCUAUACAAAUGUAAAUGUGCUGUCAUAUUGUUUGUUGUUGGUAUACCGGAACCAAAUACACCUGACCAGCGUUGGUUGGAGAGCGGCAUACUAUGUAUAGACGGAUCAAUUAAAGUAAUAUACAGAACAUUUCCACAGCUGAUAAAGCAGAUGUCGCUCGGAAAAAAUAGAGAACUAAUCGUAGACGGAGCAGAAGUUGCUGUUGUUUACUACAGAUAUGGAUAUGAACCUAAACAUUAUCCUACGGAUGCAGAAUUCCAGUUACGAUUAGACAUGGAGAGAUCUCGUGCAAUCAAAUGCCCUACCGUGGCAAUUCAUCUUGCCGGCUGUAAAAAGAUACAGCAAGCAUUGGCCGAGUCCGGAGUACUGGAGAGAUUUAUACAAGAUACAGAUAGAAUAAAAGAAAUAAGAUCUUCAUUUGUUGGAUUAUACAGAUUAGAUACAAAAGAUUCAAGCAAAGUGAUAACUCAAGCUCUACAAGCGCCUGAGAAAUUUGUCCUUAAACCACAAAGGGAAGGAGGAGGAAGUAAUUUGUUCGGAGACGACCUAAGAAAUUACCUUGAGGAAAUAAAAGAAUCGCCGGAAAGAUCUGCAUGGAUACUAAUGGACCGGAUACAAGCCACAAGACAUAGAAAUCGUCUGAUACGAGCUGGACUUGGAUCCGAAUGUAGGAAUGUAGUCAGUGAACUUGGAAUCUUCGGUUUUCAUAUCAGCACUCCUACCUCAGAACUGGAAAAUAUUGAAUGUGGAUAUUUGAUACGUACAAAGCCCGAAGAGGCGAACGAGGGGGGAUUAUGCAAAGGACUCUCAUGCCUCGAUACGCCAUUUCUUGUUUAGCUGCUGGACAGUGUAUGAACUAUUUAAGAAUCUCGUCUGUGUGAUAUAUGCUGGACUGGAUUAUUUACGUUCUAUAUUAUUUAUGAAAAAUAUUGCAAAAGCUGUUAUUUCUAUACCUUUCUAAAAUAUUCCCCAUUUCACAUUCUGACGUAAAGGCCAUUUAGAUAUUUUAACAAUUUGAGCUAGUAGCCGUGCUUUACCUAAACGGAGGUAAUUAUACGUUGAGAGCUUAUUUUCUAUUGAAUUUCUGCUUUAAAUAUGGCCACUAAUGAAUGCCUAUGCAAAUAUUAUAAAAUUGGUCAUAUAUUUCAUCACAUAAAAAUGUAAAGAAUUUUUAUCAAAUUUAUACUUAUGCUGAAGGUAUCCGAUCUACAAAUAGAUAACAUUUCGAUGCCUAGUGAUCAAAUGCUCUUUUUGUGGGUAUCAUUAGAAAGGGUUGUGUCUGCUAAACAAGAAUUAAAAAUAUGCACGAAUCACUACAGUCAUACUUUUUGACUGUAAAAUGAUAACUCUUACAUUGUAACAACUGGAUUUCUGUUGAAGUAUCAAUAAAACUAUAAAGGAAAAAUGCCAAAAAUUUUUGUAACAUAUUUUUGUCAUAUAAUUUACAUUUUCUUUUUUUCAGUAGACAAUGCACUUUCAAAUGAUACCAAAAUUAUAUGAGCUUACUAGGCGUCAAUAUUUGAUAUAUAUUUAAUAGCACUGUUAUAUAUGACUUGCUUAUUUGUGGACUGGAUACCUUAAAGCUUUAAUGACUAAAAACUAACAAAAUUACAUGUACAUAUAUCAUAUUUCAGAAGACCUUAAACGGCAUUCUUUAAGAAAUAAUUAAUCAAGAUUUCAGUGUUAUAAUUGAUUUUAAAUGUCUUUGGGAUAUAUCAAUAAUCACGCUGUGUUUUUUAAAACUUGUUUUAUAAUUCAAAUAUAUAAAACUACUAAAAAUUACCUUUUCGGGUCCGCUAUAGCCUAUGUUAUUACAAUGUAUUUUUAACAUUUGGACAUGUUAAUGUGUUCCUUAUAUCCAAUAAUUCACUAUAACCAUGUUUGCUAUAACCAUCUUAUUUUACAUAGAACAAAGAUUGACUAAAAUCGGGGCAUUUUAAAGUGUUCCCUACUUCCGGAAAUCCGUUAUAUCCAUGUUCGAGAUAGGUGAAGUUUACACAGUUUAUUCGUUAACAAGAUAUAACAGAGGAACUGAAAAAGUGGUCUCUUAAUACUGCGGUUACUUUUCUAUUACUUAUUUCUAAAUAUGUGUCUAUUUUAUUUGUGCAUGGACCUAUGGAAUGUUUUCUUUUUAUGAGAACAUUUAAUUAUUAUUUUCACCACUGGAGUUUACUAUUUCUUAACUCAUAAAUUGUACACAUUUAUGUUUCAUGUAUUCCCUGCUACGCUUGACACAAUAUAUAUUUCAAUAGUU